AUGGAUGCAGCAGAAACAAGCGUGCUUUCGACCGAAAAUCAAUCUUUGGCCGAAGAAAUAAAUAGUGUAUCGGCCAGUAUUGUCAAUCAACAGGUAUGUUGAAAAAAAUGGCAUAAAAACAAGUCGGAUUCCCCAAUGUUUCCCCCAAAAAUUAUUUCACAAAAAUGCUCAAAAACAAAUCUCAUUAUGACAAUCAUUAAUUUUAUCGAUAGAAAGUUUUAUAAUUGAUUCACCAACUUUCCCCCACGAAUUUUUUUUCAUAAGAACAUAACGAACAUAACUAUACAGCAGAUAAAAGGAAAAUUGUCUACUUUCAAUUUUGUUUCUCCAGGAACGUUGCGAAGUCAUUAGUGAGCUUAAGCAAGAGCGACGUUUUUGUCAACACGAACGUUGGUAUAACUCAUUUUGCAUGCAUUUUGUAUCAUAGCGCUCGUGUAAAGAAGCAAAAAAUUUAAAAAUCUUAUGUUUUGUCAUAUGUGUAAAAAGAUUAAUACAAACUGAUGCAAACACAGUUUUUAAUCCAGUUUCCCCUCGGCACUCUGGCGUCCGUGUUGACAAAAACCUCGCUUGUUUAAGCUCGCUAUUAACAUUUGGGGCGCGGGGGGGGGGGGGGGGGGGGUUGUCGAGUUGUUUUGACCAACUUUUCCAAACAAUUGAGCCAAACAGUAAAAAAUGUUCCGGGAAAUUUCCAGCAUUUUCUCCAACAAUUGACCAACUUUAACUAGGAAUGUUCGGUAUGAGAAAUUUCCGGUAUCGGUAUACCGAAAAAAUUAUACCGAUAUUAUCGGUAUACCGGUUUUCCUUUGAUAAUUAUAAAAGAAAAUUAUUUAAUGGAAAUUUUAAGGAAAUUUUGAGUAAUUCUAAAAGGGAAAACGAUAAUUUCGAAGCUGUUUCGAACAUGUUUCGAAAGACACGUACUCAGUGUAAAAUCUCACUGAAGUGGAAAUUCUAAAUCAUUGCAGUAGAAAGUUCUUUGAAUUGCCAUUCAGUAGUAAAAUAAAGGUUAUGGUUUCGCCAUAUAGUUGGUAAAUUUAACACGGUAUACCGAAAAAUUCCAGUUAUAGGAAAUUUCGGUAUAUCGGUAUGGUUGAAUAUCCGGUAUCGAUAUACCGAUAUUGAUUUAAUAGCGAUAUUUUCGGUAUAUCGGUAUACCGAACAGUCCUAACUUUAACCUGCAACUAUGACCACAUUUUCCCAUUUUGAUCUUCAUCUUCUAUAGACUACAUAUAACAGUUCUUCCAAAUGAUUGUGUAUCUAUAAUGUUCCAAGCAGCACUAAGCUGUAUAUUAAUCAAAGUAAUCAUAAUUUUUACCUAAUUAAAAUUUGACAAUUUCGUUACACAAAUGUUGCCAUAUAUUGCAGAACAACGAAAGCGAGAGUAUUUUAAGCUGCUACGUCUGCCAUUUAACCGACUCCUCUGACGAGAAGGGCCACCUAAGAAAAUUUAGUGACAGUACAUGGACAACAAUAAAGCAUGUUGCUGCCCUGCGCAAGAAUUUGAAAUCUGACAAAUACCUUGGGGUUACACAAACAAUUUUGUCUAGCAGUGAUCGUGAAUCCUUAUCUAUCGGCUAUCACGCUUCCUGCCAUAAGAGUUACACAGCAGUAAAACGUGCGAAAGAAGAUCUGGCACCAGAUGAUGAAUCCGCGACAAAAAUUCGGUGUACCGAGACAAGACGUUCCAGUGCGUUUCCGAAGUCGGAUGGGCAAGGUAUAUUGAAAGGGACUUGCAUUUUCUGCAGUAAAAGUCGAAAAAAGAAAAAUGGAAAAGACGAGCCCAGACUGAAGGUUGCGACAAUUGCCGGUUGCGAGUCACUCUACCAUAGGGCAAAGUUUUCGAAAAACGAACAUAUAAAGAGUCUUGUUCGGAGUGGUGUAGACCUUAUUGCAAAAGAAGCAGAGUAUCACAAAUCCUGCCGUGUACAGUUUUUGAAAGAUACCGACAAACAAGAUAAACCCAUGGAAACGACAUCAUCGCAGUCCUGUCACAAAAUGGCAUUUGCAUCUUUACUUUCCUUUAUCCAGGAUGAAGUUUUGGCAAAGCAUCGAACAAUAUUCGUCAGUGAUUUACUUGCCAUGUACAAGGAGGAAUACGCCAGUAUUGGGGAAAGUGGGACAGAAUCAGAUGUACCGGUUUACACUGCUCAAAAUCUUACUAGAAAGAUAAAAGAUCAUUUGAAGGAUAGAGUUACGAUAACACUGGUAAACCAGCGAAAAGGUAACUGUAUCCAUAGUUCUGAUAUUCCAGAAGAGGAAGCCCAUAGUCGCCUUCAUGAAGAUUCGAAGCGGUACGAAGAAAAUAGCAAAUUAAGAUGGGCCGCUCUACAUCUCAGAUCUCAAAUUAUGAAGCUUCCAAAAACCAGGACACCUAAUCCGGCGACAGUGCAAACUUUGAAGGAAUGCGCCCCGGAAAUGCCAGAACAGUUAGACUUGUUCUUGAGAAGUCUUCUUGGCGGUAUUACACCCAUUCUUAACGGCACACAAAAGGAUAUCCUUGACCGAAAGGUGACUGCGAUGGGAUCGGAUGCCAUUUACAACGUCAAUCGUGGUACCGUAAAACCAUGGAAACAUACGGCAUUGGCUCUCGGUUUAGCAUCCCUUACAGGAUCAAAACUGGUUACACAGAUUCUGAACAGAACAGGACAUUGUAUUAGUUACAGUGAGACCAAAGGCCUCGAAACUGAGUUCGCCUAUUCAGUUGCGGGCGACGAGCACGACGCACCAGAUGGCAUUCGCCUUGAUCCAAACGUAUCAACAGCUUGUGUUUGGGAUAACAAUGAUGCGAACGUGGAAACCCUGGACGGAAAAGAAACGUUACACGCUACUGUAGGUCAUACAUACCAGAAUGUGUUGCAAGAUGAUGAACAGGCUAAUUCAAAUCCAAUCGCGUUUCGAGAAAAGAGAAAUCGACGGAGUUUUGUGGGAAACGAAAGAGAAAUACCAGCUUUCAGGAAAUCACUCCAUUCUGCCGAAUUUAUCAGUCCUACUGCAGCAGCUACCUCUGAUACCGUUGGCUCAGCACUCAGUACACCAGCCCGGACAACCGUCGGAGAAUCGGAUGAAUGCCAUGUUCACCUUAAGGUUGUGGAUCUGUAUUGGUUCUGGAAAUUGAUGGAAGGCAACACUCCAUUGUAUGCAGGAUUUAUGAGCAAGUAUAUCGAGGACCCUCUGCCACUUCAACGAAUUUGCUACAUGGAUCCAAUAUCCAGAUCACCCACAAAUAAUGAUGUCGUGAGGGAGACGAUGAUUCGUACCAUGAACGUUGCGAACGAAACGGGCCAAGAAUAUGCAGUAGUCACUUAUGAUUUACAGGUUGCCUUGAAAGCCUACUCUAUUCAGGCGAUCGAAACUCCCAUGUUUGACAAGCUGUUGGUAAUGUUGGGCCAUUUCCACGUCGAGUUGGCGUUCUACGGAGCGGUUGGUACAUUUAUAAAUGACAGUGGAAUCGAAUAUAUACUUACCGAAGCCAACAUCUUGGCAGAAGGUUCAAUGAUGGGGUUUAUCAAGGGAAAGUUCUAUAACAGAUGCACACGAAUCCACGAAUUACUUGCUAAUGUCUUGGAGCAGAAGUUGUACGAACGCUUUGUCUUUGAAACACCUGAAGUAGACCACGAUUUGUUCCAACAAGUGAUGUCCACAGUACCAGUGGAUUCCGGAAGAGCAUUGGAACACCUAACGGAUCCAGCUGUGACCGCUCACCUGCAGAAAUACGAGGAAUUCUUCCAGAAGGUUCUCGACGGAAAGCUCGGGUCAACAGCUCAGUUCUGGGCCAUUUACAUCUUUAUGAUCAAUCGCCUCCACAGAGAGCUGCAGAGAUGCGUUAAGAUGAACGACGUUGGUGGCUACAUUAAGAUAUUCCCAACACUGUUGGUGGUAUACUUCGCCCUGAACCGACCAAACUAUGCGAGAUGGGGAACACUUUUUUUGCAUAAGUUGAAGAGUGCAGACCCAGAGCUGCGUGAAGUAUUGGAGAAUGGUGCGUUUUCCAUAAGACGCACAAAGAAGAACUACAGCAGAUCUGCUGUCGACCUUUCCUUGGAGCAAACAGUGAACCGGGAUUCAGCAUCCAAAAUGAAGGGAAUAGUGUCCUUCCGAAACUCCGAGAGCGCAAUGAGACGUUGGUCAUUGAGUAUGACACAGCGAGCUACGGCAGUCACCGAACUAAGAGCAUUAGUUGGACUUGAACAGGGGGAAACUGCGACUUCCCAAUGUCGUCCUUCAAGAAUCAGGAAGGAUAACAAUCAGAUGGCAGAAUUGAGUGCAAAAAUUGACGAAUUUUGCAAUCCAUUUGGAGAUGAUGCCCCAACGGCUUUAGUAAACGUUGCAACUGGUCAAAUAGCAUCAAAGGUUACUGAAUCCUAUCUAAUCAAUGCGCUUCAAAGGGGUCAAGAAGAACGAGAUAAAUUCCAAGACGAGUGGAACAGAAACAGCCAUCGAUUUCUUGAGCCUGUGAAGCGUACGCGCAUACAGAACUUUGCUGCUCAAAACGUGAAGAAAAAGCUACCAGCCUCGCAGAAAGCCAAGGCAAACGCGGAGAGCUUGAGAGAUAUGUUUGCACGUAUGUUGGUAGUCGCUUCAGACAAGACCGAAUUAGACCUUCGGAAGAUCAUCUCCUACCCAAUUACGACCUACCCUCUGUCACUUGCACACUGUGAUGGGACGCAUAUGAAAACCGAGAAAUCAGCAUUGCUAAGAAAGCUAGAGUCCUUUCAGACGGAAACGAUCACAGAAACCCAGUUGCCAAUGAGUUAUGCACAAAUCUAUGAUGGAGGACUUCUUCUUCAUUCCAUACUCUCGCUAACAGCUGUGGGUGCAUCGUAUGCUUCAAUUGCUCGAACCAUGCUGUCAUUGGCAUGUUCAGGGAGGGCUCACGAAGUACAUGUUUGCUUUGAUAAGUACGUGGAGAACUCCAUAAAGGACAGUGAGAGAAGACAGCGUGGUGCAGUUGACACAGCAUACACAAUAACCGGUCCAGACCAGAAGAUCAGGUUAAGCGGAAAGAAGCUUCUCACGAAUGGAACAUUCAAGAACGAACUCGCAAAGUUUCUCUUGAAGGAGUGGAAGAAAACUAACUACCAGCAAACAUUUGGAGGAAAGACGUUGUUUGUAUCACACGGAGGCGAGUGUUUACAGUACGUACCAGACGAGCAGCAAGGUAUUACUGUUAGCAGACCAUCAUACCUACAAGGCGAUCAUGAAGAAGCAGAUACGCUGGUUGCCUUCCAUGUGGCAAAUGUUUCUGAAGCCGAAAAUGUUGUUGUGAGGGCAUCCGACACUGAUGUCCUAGUGAUUCUCAUUGGUGCGAUUGGGCGGCAAAAUGAAGAAGACAGCUCUUUACCUGACAUCAUAAUGGAUUGUGGCAUUGGAAACAGUCGGAGGUAUAUUAACGUGACCAACAUUGCAGAAAUCCUUGAAGAACACAAACCUGGUCUUGCUAGCGCACUACCCGGAUAUCAUGCUUUUACUGGAUGUGAUUUUACGUCAGCUUUUUAUAGGUAAGCACCUAAAUUAUUGGUUAUUUCACUUUUGGUAAAAUAUCUGUUAAAUAUUAUACAAACCAACCGAACUACAUUAAGAUAGAGAAAAAUAUGCAUUAUGAUAAAUAAAUGCAUUGGUCGAUAACAAUUGAGACCAACAUGAAUGUUUAACUCAAUUUUUUUAUUUGACUUUUCAGGAAAGGCAAAAGUAAACCUCUGUCCAUAAUUGAAAAUGACCAAUCAGGCUCCUACGUUAACCUCUUUAUUGAUAUGGGUGACCGGAAUAGUGAUGUUGACCUGCACAUCGCAUCAGAAUUUGUAUGUCGUAUAUAUGCUGUAACCAAGACAAAAGAUGUCAAUGAAGCCCGAUACCAGAAACUCAUACAAAUGACUGGCAAAGUUGAUCAGGUAAUCAUGGUCAAAGGACAAAAAAUAUAACUUAUAAAAGUUUGAUGAUGCCCUUCGUAUUUGUCUAUUUUGACAUGCAAACAAUAAAUUUGUCAAGAAAAUCAUACUCAUAAACAAUGUAAACCUAGCUAUUCCAAAAGCUUUCUCUCAUGUCAUUCAUUCACUUUUAGAAUGAUCCGCUGGCAAAUAUCAAACGGAUAGACUGUUCUUUGCUGCCACCUUCCUUGCCAGCCCUUAUGAUAAAAAUUCGGCGAACGCAAUAUGUCACAGCAAUGUGGACAAGAGCUGUUACCAACUGUCCAGCGGACGAUUUGUCACCAACAGAUUAUGGGUGGUAUGUUGAUAACACCCUCCUAAAGCCAACCUGGUUUGAAGGCCCUGCCAUACCAGAUAGUUUGUUUACAGAAAACAGCACGCAAAACAUGGAAAGUGAAGACGACAGUGACACUGAAUCAGAAGCUGACGAUGAGCUAGAGAGUCUGUCAGAUGUAGACAUAUGGAGCGAAUAUACAUGCAUGCGGGAGAGGAAGACGACGAUUGAUUGCUAUUGA